CAAUGAAGACAGAAGUGAAGAGGUAUAAAUUGAUAUGAACUGAAGCAUUUUAAUCAUAUCACACUUUGCCACCUCUUGGAUCAUUUCAGUCCGAAAAAAACUCAAAAUUAAUCAAUAUGUUCAAAUACACCGUUGUCAUCUUUGCUGUCAUCGCUUGCGCAGUUGCAAAGCCAGCACCAGGACUUCUUGCUGCACCACUCGCAUACUCUGCUCCAUUGGUAGCUGCCGCUCCAGGAGUUGUUACUGCCACUUCUAGCCAAGUGAUCGCAAGGAAUUACAAUGGAAUUGCAACUGCACCUGUUUACGCCGCUCCAAUUGCCAAAUAUGUUGCCGCUCCAGUUGCUGCUAAUCUAGCUGCUGCUCCACUUCCUUUGGCUGCUGCACCAUUGGCUGCUAAGUACGUAGCUUCACCUUAUGCUUCUCCAUUGGCCUACUCAGCUCCUUUGGCUGCUGCUCCUUUGGGAUAUGCUGCUUCAUACGGAUAUGCGUCUCCUUUGAGCUACUCGUAUGCUUCAGCUCCUCUUCUGUUGUAAGAAGGGAAAGAUGAUAACAAAAAUAAAUGAAUAUG